AAGAACAUGCUGCUGCUGCUCCUCCUCCUUCUCCUGAUAUUAUCUAGUAUCAUUUCUUCCCUCCUUUGUCUUUCUCUGACCUCCUCACAGCUCCACGCCGCUCCAUACUUGCUUCGUCUCUUAAGAAGACCACAGCUGAGUUUCCCAGCACAGCCCCCAGGAGAGUUUUUUUGCCUGAACCAACAUUAGGCAAAGAGGAGAGAAAGCAAAGCAGGGUGGGGGCGAAGGGGGGGAAACAAUCUGAAAGUGAGCCAAGCUGUUGCAAGCAAGUCCUGGUGCUAAACCUGCUGCUUUCAGAGACCAGGAGGGGAGGAACCUUGUUUGGCUGAGAGGGGAAGGACAAAAGAAACUUGAAACUGGCUUUCCUUGUGGCAUGUCAGUCCUGAACCCCCCCCCUCCCCACCCCCUGCUCGUUAAAUGAAAGCACCUGAGGAACACGAGAUUGCCUGCGUGAGAGGGAGGGCCAGUGCUGGACUGGGUGAGGGAGGAGGAAGGUGACUUGUGGCUUUGUGGUGUGGCUUACACUGAGAUCAGAGCUAGCGUGCUUGGGGGUGGGAGCAGAAGGAAGAAAGGGCACCUGAUGCCAGCUGCCAAUAUGACAGAAACCCUGCAGCUCCCUGCCCUGCAAGUCCCGGAGCAGCAGGUGGUGGAGGGCAGCCGUGCCUGGUCCAGCUCGUCCACCCCUACCCUGCGCAGGAAGCGCUUCAAGAUGAGGCGGAUGAAGAAUGUGCAGGAGCAGAGCCUGGAGGCCAGCAGUUAUCAGGAUUCUCCUUCCUCCAGCAAGGAAUACCUGCAGCUCCCAUCCAUUGAGAUCACUCCCUCCAGUGAUGAGGACACUCCCUGGUCCAACUGCUCCACACCCAGUGCCUCCCCGCGCCGCAAGCGCUUCCUUCUGCGGAAGUGGCUGCGUGUCAGAGAGAAGAAGGAGUGCAGUGAGAGCAGCAGCCAGCAGAGCAGCCAGCAGAGCAGCCACGAUGACGACUCGUCCCGGUUCUUGAGCCCUCACGCGCGUGACGACAGUACUGCCAGUAACUCAAACCGCAGCACGCCUGCCUGCUCCCCCAUCCUGCGCAAACGCUCCCGGUCCCCAACACCGCAGGACUCCCAAGGAGACACCAUGGUGGAAAAAGGCUCAGACCACUCGUCAGACAAAUCCCCUUCCACGCCGGAGCAGGGUGUACAGCGGAGCUGUUCCUCUCAGUCAGGCCGCAGUGGGGCCAAGAACUCCAAGAAAAGCCAGAGUUGGUAUAAUGUAUUGAGUCCGACGUACAAACAACGGAAUGAAGAUUUCAGGAAACUCUUCAAACAUCUUCCUGACACGGAGCGCCUCAUUGUAGAUUACUCAUGUGCGCUACAAAGAGACAUUCUCCUGCAGGGCCGCCUCUACCUCUCUGAAAACUGGAUCUGCUUUUACAGCAACAUCUUCCGCUGGGAGACGCUGCUGACAGUUCGCUUGAAGGAUAUCUGCUCGAUGACCAAGGAAAAAACAGCACGGCUCAUUCCUAAUGCCAUCCAAGUUUGCACUGACACUGAAAAGCACUUUUUUACUUCCUUUGGGGCUCGAGACAGGACGUACAUGAUGAUGUUCAGACUCUGGCAGAACGCUCUCCUUGACAAGCCUCUCUGUCCAAAGGAGCUCUGGCACUUUGUCCACCAGUGUUACGGGAACGAGCUGGGUCUGACCAGCGAUGAUGAAGAUUAUGUGCCUCCUGAUGAUGACUUCAACACGAUGGGUUGUAGCUGUACUGAGAGGUGUAAACAUAAAAACCUGUGUUCUCUGUGGCGUCUCAGCUACUGUGAAGAAAUCCCUGUGGAAGAGAAUGAAGUCAAUGACAGCUCCUCAAAAAGCAGCAUGGAGGCCAAGCCAGAAGCUAGCCCUCAGCUGCCAAAGAAAUCUGUAACUGCCAGCACACUGACAUCCACAGGGAGCAGUGAAGCACCGGCCUCGUUUGAUGGGGUGCUACCAGAGGAGGAGGAGGCAGUAGCAGAGAGUCCUGUGGAAAAAGACAUUGGCAUUGCAAAUAUCAUGGGAGAGAAGAUAGAGAUCAUUGCCCCUGUGAACUCCCCUUCCCUGGACUUCAAUGACAAUGAGGACAUUCCCACUGAGCUCAGCGAUUCCUCUGAGACCCACGAUGAAGGUGAAGUCCAGGCAUUUUACGAGGACUUGAAUGGCCGCCAGUACGUGAAUGAAGUGUUCAACUUCAGCGUGGACAAACUGUAUGACUUGCUUUUCACGGACUCCCAGUUCCAGAGGGACUUCAUGGAACAGCGCCGGUUCUCUGAUAUUAUCUUUCACCCCUGGAAGAAGGAAGAAAAUGGCAAUCAAACCAGAGUGAUCUUGUAUACCAUUACCCUCACCAACCCUCUGGCUCCCAAAACUGCCACUGUCACUGAGACGCAGACAAUGUACAAAGCCAGCCAAGAAAGCGAGUGCUAUGUCAUAGAUGCAGAGGUGCUAACUCACGACGUCCCCUACCAUGAUUAUUUCUACACCAUUAACCGCUACACAUUGACUCGUGUUGCCAGAAACAAAAGCCGACUCAGGGUUUCCACAGAGUUACGUUACAGGAAGCAGCCUUGGGGGCUGGUGAAAUCCUUCAUCGAGAAGAAUUUCUGGAGCGGCCUAGAAGAUUAUUUCCGUCAUUUAGAAAGUGAACUGACCAAAACGGAGAGCACGUACCUGGCCGAGGUCCACAGACAAUCCCCCAAAGAGAAGGUGAGCAAGCAAUCCACGGUCCGCCGGAGGAAACGGGCCCAUGCCCAUCUGCGGGUGCCGCACUUGGAGGAGGUGCUGAGUCCUGUCACCACCCCCACGGAUGAGGAGGUUGCUCACCGAAUCAAGCACGUGGCAGGUUCCACGCAGACACGGCACAUCCCUGAGGAGAGCCCCAGUGGCUUCCACCUGCAGAGUGUUUCCAAACUGCUCCUCGUCAUCAGUUUUGUCCUGGUGUUGCUGGUCAUUCUCAAUAUGAUGCUGUUCUACAAGCUUUGGAUGUUGGAGUAUACCACCCAGACGCUCACAGCAUGGCAGGGCUUGCGGCUACAGGAAAGGUUACCCCAAUCGCAGACAGAAUGGGCCCAGUUACUAGAAUCUCAGCAGAAGUAUCACGACUCAGAGCUACAAAAAUGGCGCGAGAUCAUCAAAUCCUCCGUGAUGCUUCUAGACCAGAUGAAGGAUUCACUAAUAAAUCUCCAGAAUGGCAUCGGGUCCCGGGACUUCGGGUCAGAUCCAGAGGAGAAACGGAAACGUUUCCACUAACAGGCAGGAAAUGCAGGAGGCCAGAGGACGGUGUGCAAUACGUGUAAAUAGGAUAUAUAAAUAUAUAUAUAUAAAUAUAUAUACAGAAUAUAAAUAUAUAUAUUAUAUACAGAUUUUAAGAGGAAAAAAAAAAAAAAAAAAGCCUACGUACCGAGAGGAA